UAAGAAGCAAACGCUUCCUGUUGACUUUUUACUGGAACAGUGCCAAGUGUUACUGAUAUUUUCCUAUGUUGAAAGUGACUACAGUAGUAGAUUUUUAGAAAGGGGUGAGAGUAUGCUGCUUAUCUUCACCAAGAAAGGAGAAUGGGUGGGUUGCUUUUUGUUGUUGUUCCAGAUCUAGCCCCAAUCUCUCAACUAUGAAUACAAACUUGUAUGAAGGAGAAUGUGUUUAACUGCUGGACCAGAAAUGCCUUAUGAUGAUGAGGUUCAACUGAGUGCACUGAGGUCUCAAAAAUAGUGUAUAUUUUAGUGAGUUUCAUGUACAGGAUUCUCAGGUAGACACUCACUAACUUUUUGCUCUUUGGUUGCAGCUAUCACAGAAUAGUGUAUCAAUGUGCAUCCUUUUCAGAUGCCGUAGUUUCGUUCGUUGGUUCCCUCCUUGGCUGGUCCAGGCUGUGUAAGGUUAGAUUUACAUUUCUUUGUUCUAAACAAUCUUAAUAAUACAGUCUUGGCAAGAGAUUCAAUAGGAGGAACUGUAUGACUGGCAAUAGCAUCCCUUAAGAAGUAAACCCACAACGGGAAGCUUUUUUUUUUUUCAUGAUGUGACCAAAUUCUCAUGGUGUGACAGUAACUAAGGGUAAAUGGCUUCCUGUGAAUGGACACUUCCAGGUCUGUUACCUGCUGCUGAGAUGAGAGGUUCUGGGCCAAAAGCAGGAGCCAGUUGAGUCUAGAUGCUGGAUACAGGGUUUGAAAUGUUCUUGCCCAGCGAUGUCCGAUUAAAAACUCUCGUUCGUCCUGGUAGGAACUUGACUUGUUAGGAGCAGCAUGGUGAGGGGCCAAAUGGUAGUGGAUUCCAGGGUGUGGGGAGAGACUAAAUCAAUAAACUAUCAUUUUUCCCUUAGGUAAAGUCUUGAAUUUGGGCCCAAAAGCCGGCCAGAUCUAUGUGCCAAAUGCGUGAAUGUUUGUGGUGCCAUUGGGCUGUUCUGGCAGGGUCUGGGUUCUGCUGGUGGAUUAGGAUCAGUUCUGUGGGCUCUCAACUUGUGCAGUAGAAUUCAGAAGCCAAAAACUAACUGGAUGUCUUGGUGCUUAUGUUCUUGGCCCGAACAGGAAAUGACAAGAACUGACUCCGCUGUGCCCUGAACUAUUCUGAGUGUUGCAUCUUAGCUCCUGCACAGAACUGAAAGUUGCAGAGGGGGAGGAAUCAGAGUGACUCUUGCCACAGCCAGAGAGGAGCGGAUCAGAGGUGCUCAGAGCAGCCUGUGCGCGUCAGCGGAGAGAUGGGGAAAACCGCAGAUUCAACUGAGCACAGUCCACAAGGACUUUGUAAUGGGGACCCUGAGGCAGGAAGGGAGAUGGAAACUCAAAAGAAUCCUCAACAAGAACAGUUAUUAAUGGAGUUGUCAAGUAGGAAUGGAGAUGCAACGAGAGAACGAGACGCAGGUUGUAUCUGUCCCUUCAGGAAACCAUUAGUAUGGGGCACAGUUGCAGGUCUGGUCGUCAUCAUCAUUGUUUUGGGGACAUCUCUGGCAGUGGUAACAUCUAAGCUACUUGCAGCUGAACUGAGGUUACGAGGAGAGACCGCCUGCCCCAAUGGCUGGGUCGCAUUCCAAGAGAAAUGUUACUAUUUCUCCGAGGCCGAAGGGAACAGGACUUACAGCCAGAACAACUGCUCCUCCCUCGGCGCCUCCCUGGCUCCGAUCGACACCCAGCAGGACAUGGACUUCAUGCUGCACUACAGAAGCCCCCGUGAUCACUGGUUCGGCCUCCAGAGGGAGCAGGAUCUCCGGCCCUGGAGAUGGGUGAACGGCACCGAAUUCAACAACUGGUUUACAAUCGGAGGGGGAGGCGAGUGCGCGUAUCUGAAGGAAGCGAAAGCCAUCAGCUCCUCGCGGUGCUCUAUGGAGAGGCACUGGAUCUGCAGCAAACCCCACGUGUGUGCAAAGGUUUAGCACGGUGCCGGGCAGGGGGCUGAAGGCUCAGCCCUGACGAGAAGGGACAUCAUUGAUGCUGACGGGCUCAGAUGUUUUUCUGGCUAAUCAGAGUGUUCGCAGUUAUGCUAGUGAGGUCUGAACCAAAAAGCAUCUGAGAUGGGCCAGACACUUCUGCUUUAGGGCAUAAGCUCCUAUCUCUGGGAGUAAACUUUCCACUGUGGGUGAGUGACCUCGUAACUGGUCAUUGGGUGUCCUGCCCUUUGCUCUGUUCUUCCCAGACAGGAGACUGGACUGGAUGAACUGGGGAUUCCUGAACCAGCUGGUUCUCACCUGAGGCCUCUUCUUCUGGUACGUCUGGACACCAAGACAGGCAAAUGAGGAUCAAACUCUGGGCUACCUUUCAGGGGGCGGUUUUGAUCUCAUCUUCUAGUUGAGCCACUCCAAAGCCACAGACCUGCCACCAGCCAUCACUUCCACAAUCAGCACUUCCAGCUAUAAUAAAGCUGCCUGGAGUGUACACACUACACAGGCUUGCUCCGACCAGUGGAAGUGCUCUUCCUACUGCACUGACAUAACUUCCCCUCUACGAGAGACGCAGGGCAUGUGACCAUGUAGUUUAGAGCAUCGGUUCUUAACCCGUGCGCCACGUGUCGCCCAGUUAGCACAUAGCUGCAGCCCAGAUCAACUGAGUGCUAAAGGCUGGCCCGUGGUGGGGUCCGGGUUCCUGGCUGCCCGGUGCAGUGGGAUCUGGGGCUGCCGCCCAGCCCUGCAAGCUCCGGGGUUAGGGUCCAGGCCCACAGUAAUAAAUAAAUUAAG